AUGUUGUUAUUCAAGUCUACUAUCUUGGUUGCUUUAUUGGCUGCUAUCACCAGUGGUACUCCCGUUGCAAAGCGACACGAAAAGUACAUUGCUUACCCAGUUGAACGAGGAGACGCCUCUAUCAAAAGGAGAUAUGAGCAGGGCAGUUUUGAUGGUUUUCAAGAUGGUCGUGCAAACUACUUUACAAACUUGAAGUUGGGAUCCAACAAGCAGGAAGUUUCCGUAAUGAUCGACACAGGUAGCUCGUUGUUGAAUAUUCCACAAACUGGUUCACAAUGUCUUGGUGGUGAAUGUGCCAAUGGAGUUGCAUUCGAUCCUAAUGAGUCAACAACUUUCAAAAACCUCAGCAAGUUUACAAAGGGGUAUUAUGGUGGUGGAGGUGCAGUGUAUGUUACAGGGUUUCAACUGACUGAUGAUUUUUACUUUGAUGGUGGCAAGAAGCUCCCAAACUUUGAGUUUACUUUGUUGAAUCACACCUUCUACGCAAGGGGUUUAUUGGGAAUUGCUCCAAGCACCGAUACAAACACCUCCUAUGUUGAAUCUGUUAAAAAGGCAGGAUACAUCAACAAAGCUGGCUUUUCACUCUACACAACCAAUGACCAGCAAGGGACUUUUCUUUUAGGCGGAGUUGACAAAGCCAAAUUUGAAGGGGAAUUGGCUAUUUACAAUAGCAAGUUGUCUAUCCCUGCUAAGUCAUUAACUACAGCAAAUGGCUCAGUUUUAGAUUUCCCUGCCGAAAUUCAAUUGGAUUCGGGCAGUUCUGGCAUCAUCAUAGAUCCUGUUAUUGUUGACCAAAUCAAUAAAGAAGUUAGUGGUAAGGAUGGCAAAAUAUCCUGUGACAUUGCUUUGAGUGGAGACAAGAAAUUCACUUUUGAUCUUGGACAAGGUGUCAAAAUUGAUGUGCCAUAUUCAGAUGCUUUUUACUGGAAUGCCGACAAAACCAAGUGCGGCAGUCGUAUUUCCAAAACUACGGCCCACUAUACAACCCAAAAUGUGGGAAUCCCACUUAUCAAACACACUUAUCUUACUCACAAUUACGAGACAGGCAACCUUGGUGUAGCCCCAGUUAAGCACACCGAUGAGAGUAACAUUGUUGAUUUCUGGUUUUAA